AUGAAUAUUAGUAAUAGAAACGAACGAAAUUCAUAUUUUGAUCUAAAUUUUGAAAAAUGGCAAGCACAGUUUACAUUAUUUUAUACAAAUCAUAUUAAUAUACGUGAUUGUGGUUUCUCGUGCUCAAGAGCAUUUGUAAUAGAUGGCUUCCAGAAAUCAGAUCGAUUUAUUUGUCAAUUUAAAGGUGAAACAAUUAAAUCAGAAGAAUUAGGCGAAAUUCAAUGGGGAUGUGGUAUUCGUCCAGAAAUGAUACCCGAUAAGAAUAAUCAUGGCUAUUGGACUAAUACAUGUUAUUGUCCUAAACAUAUUGCUUUGGCAAACAAACAACACAAUCAGCAACCACACAUACCAGAUGAUUACGAUGAUAUAGAUUGUAAUGUAUCUCGGGCUGAUCGUUAUUAUAGUAGAUUAACAUCAUACGGUAUUGUUUUAACAAUGUUUAACUGUGGCAUUAUAGUUGCUUUCCAUGAAUUGUAUCAAUCUGAAGGUCCAUUGCUUGUACUGUACCAUAUAUGUUCAACAAUUAAAAAUUUUUCACCAUUACUUGCCGUACCAAAAUAUCUGGUUUACGAUAAUGCAUGUGGCUUAUUUCUAACCUUUGAUAGCCGUAUUAAAAAUGGAAAAAUUAAUCGAACUCCAUCAACAGAUGUCUUAGAAAAAAUGACAUUCGUCGUCGAUAAGUUUCACAUUAGCAAUCAUACACGUCCCAUGUGUCAAAAACAAACCAAUCCGUACAAUUACGAAGAAGUUCGAAAAAUAAACACACAAACAUGUGAACAAAUGAAUUCAAAAUUGAAACAUUACCAGAACGCUUGCUCAUCAUAUUCGUCACCGAAAAGCAAAGUGUUUUAUUUAUUAUUUCUUGUAGAGCGAAGUGGUCGUCCAAGUGUCGGUGAUGGCAGUGUACCUCCAUCUGACGCGGAUGAUGAUUACAAUGAGGAUAUUUUUGAUUAUGUAAAUGAUACGCAGCCAGACCGAUGUGAAAAAUACAAGUCAUCUGUGCCACAGCAACAUCCUUUUUAUGAUGAAAUUAAAAAGUUUCAAUCAGACAGCGAAUUAUUGAAAUCUGUUCGAUCACAAGUAUUUAUACACACCGAACACUUGAUUAAGACACCUGUUCUACUCGUGCUGUCUUCUGUAUUUAGUUACCCGUUAGAUGAUGCAACGUAUUUGUAUGUCGAUACAAUCGACAUGUUAAAAGGUAUGAUGGAUCACCUCGAAAAACAACAACAAUUUGCUGUUGAUUGUGAGGUAUGUGAAGCUCUUGUGGUUUUCUCAUUUACCACUUGUUGUUUUAGUACCUUUAGAGACAUAGUUGUCGUUCAUACCAAGCCUUCACUUGUGCCUUACAGAUAUCAACGCGUUCGUUCAAAUAAUAAUCUCCUGGAUCCAUUAGUAUUAAGAGAAGACUUACAUGUAUUAAAGACUGUAUUUACAAAUCUAAAACUAUUAAAAGUGAGCAGAAAUACUAAACAGAACAUUCCGUGUCAGCAGCUAAGGAGUCCUUUAAUAUUGAUUAUAAUCUCAUGAUUCGUAGUACAUGUAAAUAUCUCUCACUGUGUUCUUUUUAGGUAUUU